AUGGCUGAGGAAAGCAGCAUCCCCAUUGCUACACUUGCGCUCGUUGGAGAGAACCUAGAGGCAUUGGUUAUGAAACUGUGCUUCUCCUUGGCAUGGCCUCGGCUGGGCUGUAUCAGUAGUGGGAUUGUCCCACAGUGGUGCAACGACAUAGCUGUGGAGGAGUUGUCAUGCAUGGUGGUUCAGGGGGUUGGCAACGUGAAAGGCAGGUACCAGCCUCCUUUACCAGUGGAACAGGUGCUAGCAAAAGAAGGGAAAGCUAAGGCUGUUGCGUUCGAUGAAACUGACAAGGCUCCAGAAGAGAAAAAGAGAGGAAUUACAAUUGCAACGGCACUUGUGGAGUAUGAAACAGCUAAGCGACACUAUGCACAUGUAGACUGUCCAGGACAUGCAGAUUAUGUUAAGAACAUGAUUACGGGUGCUGCACAAAUGGAUGGGGGUAUUCUCGUUGUAUCUGCCCCCGAUGGCCCCAUGCCGCAAACCAAGGAACAUAUUCUGCUUGCUCGCCAGGUUGGUGUGCCAUCACUUGUGUGUUUUCUAAAUAAGGUCGAUGCUUAG